CAAGUGGGCGGGGCGAUGACAGCCCCGCCCCGCCCCUCCCUCUGGGGGCGGGAAGCGCUGAGGCGGCGGCGCCGCCAUUUUGUGCUGAAGCUGCCUCAGGAUGGAGUCGCAACCUACACCGGAGCUGCCCGCCGCCCGCCGAGCCUUCAGCCUCACCGCCCCGCCGCGGAGCGCCGCUCCACACACCCCUCCGCACCGCUGGCAGCGCUGAACGCCCUCAUGGAGCACCGCGCUGGCGAACGCGCCGGCCCCGGUUUGGGAUGGGCGCGACUGGGGCUGGCCGCGGCCUGGCCGAAGCUGGCGGCGCCCAGCGCGGCGGGUUCAUCGCAGGCCAGCCCGCCCUUCUCGUGGCUUCGGGCAGUGUCGCAGCUGCUGUCGCCGCUGCCCGCCCUCCUGCAGCGGCUGCUGCCCGGCGCCGCGCUCAGCUCCGCGCUCUGCCCCGCCACGGCUCCGCCGCCGCCGCUGCUGCUGCUGCCCAAGGACGCCUCGGAGGAACCCCCGGAGAAGCGGCUGGAGGGCGGCACGGAGCACCCAGCGGGGAUAAUGCGGGGCAAGCUGGGCGCCCUUCGCAUGGAUUGGUACGUGCUGGGCUUGGAGCAGGGCAGCAGCCACCUGCCGCAGCCCCUGCGAGCCGAGGGUUUGCCUGAGGUGGAGUUCCUGCGCAGCAAGCGCCUGGCGUUCCUCCAGCGCUGGCAGCUGCCCGUGCCCGAGCCCGACCACGGCUACCACAGCCUGGAGGAGGAGCAGCAGCAACAGCAGCAGCAUGGGGGUGUCUGCCGGGAAAUCGCGGAGCAACGGGACAAUAGCGAGGAUUUGCAGCGCCCCGAGGAUGCGGGGACACAGCCCGGAGGUGUCCCCGUGGGGCAGCCCCAUGCGGCUGGGGAAGGCUUGGCUGAAGAAAAACGUGAGGACUCAACGGAGCGAAACUUCCCCGUUUCCACCAGACCUGCCUGUGGGAAUAAAUUAAUCGAUUAUAUCAUCGGAGGAGUAUCCAGUGGGGAGGAGAGUGGGGAUGAGGAAGAUUGGGAUGAUGAUGAUGAUGAUGAUGAUGACGGGUUUGACAGCGAAGAGCUGCCCUCGGACUCAGACGCCGACAGCCAGGACGGGGAGAGGCUUCAUCUGUGGAAUUCCUUCUACAGUUUGGAUCCCUACAACCCUCAGAACUUCACAGCCACCAUCCAGACGUCUUCCAGCGAGCCGGGAAAGGGAAUGUCGGACAUGGAGGAGGAGGAGGAGGAGGAGGAGGAGGAAGACUCGUGGGCAGAGUCCUCCGAGGGCUCUCCGAGUUGCGAGGAGGACGAGUGGGACUGUGAGAGCGUGGAUGAGGCAGAAAACUUGAAACUUUGGAACUCGUUCUGUAGCUCGGACGAUCUCUACAACCCUUUGAAUUUCACGGCGGCCUUUCAGACAGCGGAGAAAAAAGGGACGCCGGUUUUCCCAGGGGCAGAGAGGGCGAUUUCUGUCACCUCGGAGCAUUUCUCCGUGUGUAGGGUACAGCUGGAAAAACACAACUGCGGGAGCACUGAAUUGGGGCAGCGCAGGGAGAAAACUGCGAGUUCCAAGCGGAAAAAGGUGACAUUCCAUGAAGAGGUGACUGAGUAUUACAUCAGCAGCGAGGAGGACCGGAAGGGGCCGUGGGAGGAGAUGGCUCGGGAUGGAUGCAGGUUCCAAAAACGCAUCCAGGAGACUGAGGAGGCCAUUGCCUACUGCCUGAGCCCGGAGCACAGACUGAGGGUAUUCCACAGGCUCCAAAAAUUCCAUUCCCAGAGGACUGACCCCCUUCCAGCACCUUCAAACUCCUGGAAUUUGCCUGACCCUUAAAUUAAUGAAAUCUCAACCACCAGUGGCAGCUGCAUGUGCUGAAAUGGGGAGAGGAAAAAAAAUGGGAUUUUAUCUUUGUCCCUAAUUUUUUUUCCCCCACUUUGAUGUUCAACAAAUUCUCCUUUUGAUAUCCAGAUAAAACCCCCCAGAGCUCCCUGAAUGGGUGUUUUAAUUGCAUUCCUGUUAAUUAGCACUUGGGGUUCAAUCCAUUCCCCAAAAAAUGCCUUUUCCUGCCGUACCUUGGGAAGUGUGGGGACUGUUCCGUUGGAUUUUUGCACUUUGGAAAAACAAAAACAAAAAAAAAAAGACAAAGCAAAACCUAUUUUGAAGGAAAUAUUUAUGGGGUUCAUUCCCUGGAAUUGCAGUUUUGAUUUAAAAUUCCCUGAGGGAUGUGCAGGUGAGGGUUUGUUUUCUUUUUUUUUUUGUGUUUCUCCUUUUUUUCCAGCUUCUCCAAAAGCCUCAUUUUUAAAAAUCAAUUCCUUUAAGAGAUUUUUUUCCCACUUUUUUUUUUUUUCUUUCUGAAAUAAUCCAAUGUUUGAGUGUUUCUGGAGCUUUUUGAGGUUUGGUUUGAUUGAUUUAAAUAAUUCCCUUUUCCAGAAUUAUUCUGGCUGCUUGUCCCAACAAAUUCCUUGGUUCUUAGGACAAGGAAAUUCCUCAUCCUAAUUAAUAAUUAAAGCUUAAUGAGGCUGUGGAUGAUGCUUGAAUUUAGGGAGGAAAAUUCCUGAAUUAUUUAAUGAAUCUUUGCUGUAAUUCUGCUUUGGGAGAGGGAUUGAAGUGAAUUUUUAUAUCCAAUCUCCUUGUCCUGAUAAUUUUCUUGGAUUUAAGGAAAUUAUCUUGGAUUUAAGGAAAUUUAAAGGCAACAAUUCCCCGUUUUCUUUCCCAAAAAUCAGUAUUAACUCUUUGUGUCUGCACUGGGGUCACCAAAAGCAUUUCAGUGAGAGGACAAAACUCUUUAUUUAUUUUCUUAAUUUAAAAUAUUUAAUCAAAAUCAUUGAGGGAAAAAGGGGUUUGGAGCUGGAGGUUGGUGUGGGAAUUUUCCAAGCAGGGAAUAAAAAUGGGAAAAUUCCAAUGUUUGCACAAAGCUGGGUCAAUAAAUCAAUUAUUUGUUCAGCUGGCCAGAAUAAUUUCCAUUCUGUAGAAGAAAAACCUUUAAGUGCUUUAAAUUUUUCCUUAAUUCCUUCAGGUUUUAAUUUGGAAGAAAAUUAUUUAUUCCUGCUUUAUCCUGACUUGAAAAACCCCAGAAUUUUUGGAUUUAUCUUUUUAUUUUUAUUGCAGGAAGUGGCUUCUUUGAGUUGAAAAAUCCCCUUUUUGUGGUGCAAUUAGAAAACUCAGGGGAUUCAUUAACUUAGAGUUGUGUUAAUUCAAAUUCCAGCUGUUUGCCACCCCAAAAAUUGUAUUUUUUCCCUCAAAAAUAAUUAAAAAUUUGCAUCAACUCCUCAAAUCCUGAGAAAUCCACUUGGAAUUUUUAAGGAUUUUACUCACAUUGGAUUUGCUUUUUUAAUUCAGGGGUGGAAAACCAACCAAAAAAAAAAAACAACCCAAAAAAUGGAAUUGUAAGAAGGAAAGUGUGUGGAUUUAUGAUCAUUCCAAGGAAAACACACUACAUCCAUUUUUCCAUGGAUCUCCCAGUUGGUUUUUCCCAGGAAUCUCCCAGUCCCUGGAAUUUUGGGAUUGUGCUGCUUCAGUUCUUUAUGGACAACUCGGAUUUUUUUGGUGCUCAGGAGAACCUUGGGAGCGCUGGGAAUCCACAGCUGCUUGGACAAAUGGGAUUUAAAGAAGGAACAGCUUCUUCCAAAAGGUUGAAACUUUGGAAAAAUGCAAUUUUUUAAAUCAAAAUUCCCAUGGAUGAGCUUUUCCCACUUCUCCAACCUCCUUUUUUCCAGCUAUUCCAGCAGAAAAUUGAAUGGAAUUACCACCAAACCCAUCCCUGAACGCCUCAGAGCUCCCUUUUUCCCUCUAAAAUUCCUUUAAAAAAAAAUAUAUGGGAAGCAAAACUUGGAGGGAUUUAAAUCAAAACUGUGAUCUGCAGAUUUUUAUUUUUGUAUCAUUUCGGGAAGAGUGUGGAUUUGGCUUUCUAUGGAUUUUCCUUGAUUUGUGGCCGCUUUGUUGGGUUUUUUCUACCUAAAAAUUCUAUUUCUGUACAUAAGAAACUAUUCAGGACUAAUCCGUGCGUUGUAAUAAAGAGAUUUGCAAGAUAAA